UUGAACAUCUUCCCGACUGGAACAGCUGUGUUGUUAUCUCCGAACCUCUGGUCCAGAUGUACCGUACUCCGCACCGAGGUCAUCGCAGCCCGGGACCUCCCCGGCCUCCCGGCAGCUUCCCGUCCCCUGGCUCGGGCUGGAACCGUUCUCCGUACGGACAUUCACCGCGGGGAGCCCCGUAUUACUCCCCCGGUCCCCCCGGUUACAUGUACGGCUCUCCGAGCGGCGGCUACAACGAGCGGCACAGGGACCUUGGGGGAAACAGACGCCGCAGUGGAGACUCAUGGCGGCGGCCUGCGUCCUCGCAUUACGUCCAGAGUCACUCGUCAGAUUCAGUGGAGAAGUACUUCAGUCCAGCGAUGCUUCAGGACCCCUGGGAGGCGCUCCAGGACGCCGCGGCCCCUCGACACCCAACACCGCCGGACUCCAGUGUCAACCAGGCAGCAGACGUUCCAGCGUCGUAGUUUUCUGUUCUCUGUGUGUAAAGAACGAAAAGAAAGUGAAUGUUUCGCAUAACUGUGACACAAAUGUUUUUUUAUUUUAUAUUGUGGUGUUUGUACAUAAA